CGCGUUGUCAUUCUUUGGCGUUGCCCUAGCAACCAGGCUCCGAACGCGCAGCGGCCUGCAAGGUCCUGGCUACCGACCCCCGGGGCUCUUCAACUACCUUGUUGGUUCCCAGCGCCAUGUCGGUUCGGACGCUACCGCUGCUCUUCUUGAACUUGGGUGGGGAGAUGCUUUACAUCCUUGACCAGCGGCUGCGGGCCCAGAACAUCCCAGCAGACAAGGCCCGCAAAGAUGAAUGGACAGAGGUGGACAGAAAACGAGUUCUGAAUGACAUCAUUAUGACCAUGUUCAAUAGAAAGUUUAUGGAGGAGUUGUUCAAACCCCAAGAGCUCUACUCCAAGAAGGCCCUGAGGACCAUCUACGACCGCCUGGCUCACGCUUCCAUAAUGAGACUGAACCAGGCCAGCAUGGACAAGCUCUAUGACCUGAUGACUAUGGCUUUCAAAUAUCAAGUAUUACUGUGUCCCCGACCCAAGGACGUGCUGCUGGUCACUUUCAAUCAUUUAGAUGCCAUCAAGGGAUUCAUCCAAGACUCCCCGACCAUCCUUCAUCAAGUGGAUGAGACUUUCCGGCAGCUAACAGAAGUGUACGGGGCCCUCUCGGCGGGUGAGUUCCGGCUGAUCCGGCAGACACUCCUCCUCUUCUUCCAAGACCUGCACAUCCGAGUAUCCAUAUUUCUAAAGGACAGAGUUCAGAAUUCUAAUGGUCGCUUUGUGUUGCCCGUAUCGGGGCCUGUUCCCUGGGGAACCGAAGUUCCCGGACUCAUCAGAAUGUUCAACAGCAAAGGUGAAGAAGAGAAGAAGAUAGAGUUCAAGCACGGUGGAAACUAUGUCACUGCCCUCAAGGAAGGUUCCUUUGAACUUUAUGGAGACCGGGUCCUGAAACUAGGAACUAACAUGUACAGCGUGAAUCGGCCUGUGGAAACCCAGAUGUCUGGAGCAUCCAAGGAUUCAGCCUCACGGGCACAGGAAAGCAUUGCUGCAAAUCCUCUUGCCAAAGAAGAGCUGAAUUUCCUGGCCAGGCUAAUGGGAGGAAUGGAGAUUAAGAAACCCAGCGGCCCUGAACCAGGGUUCCGGAUGAAUCUCUUUACCACUGAUGAAGAAGAGGAACACGCGGCGCUCUGCAGGCCCGAGGAAUUAUCCUACGAAGUUAUCAACAUACAGGCUGUGCAGGACCAGCAGCGGAAUGAAGAGCUGGCUCGGAUCAUGGGAGAGCUUGAGGUCACAGAGCAGCCGAGGCAGAGCACCACCAAAGGGGAUGACCUGCUCGCCAUGAUGGACGAGUUAUAGCCGUGUGGACCAGGCACAGCCCUGCCCACCUCCCUGAGGACGGAAAGCCCCAGGGUCCAAAAUGAUGCUGCUAGUUUCUCACCGAAAAGGCCAUUACCUCUAGUUCCUGCUUCUGUUAUAACAAACUGUACAGUCUUCCUCAGAGGGCAGUCUUCCCCAAAGGUACACAUGCACAUGUAUCUGAAGCAAAAUACAUUCUGACUCUCAAACUGGACUUUUCCCAUUUCGUCCUAAUUCUGUGGCAACCACGCAAAGCACCCUGGGUGGGAAUUUGAGCCCCAGAGCCAUCACGGAGACAACUCCCAUUAUCCUUUUCAGGUUUGCUCCCCUACUUUCCUGCAGGGAGCUAAACCUCAUAAAUGCCUGUAAGUCCCUGACUGAGCAUGUGUUUUCUGGGAUGUGCUCUGCCUUGUAGGUAAGUUCGACAUCAGAAGGCAGUGGUUUCGCUGUCUCUCUCCUUUGUUCCAAGACAGCCCAGCAGAUCCUCCCCAUAAUAAAGGCUGCUACGGUCAAAAAAAGAAGGCAG